CGCAUGCUCCGUAGUUGUAUGAAUGCGUCUUCAACGCCAGUGUCCUGGAUCCGUCUCUUGAUUCAUCUGGAAACAAGGUACCCGUCGUGAGUGCGCGUUCAACACAGCCGAAAGAACAGAGAAAGAGAUAGAUACGGAGACCAAGCAUCCACGCUCCAUUCACGCCAUCAAGCCCUCUCCUCUUUGCAAUGCUCCACACCAACGAACCGCCUCUCGGACUCAGAUGGCGCUCCCACAGCCUCUUCGUGACCACCGCGGUCGGAAUGGGCGCCUUCACCGACCUCUUCCUGUACGGGCUGAUCGUGCCUGUGCUGCCCUUCCUGCUCAAAGAGCGCGUGGCUCUGCCCGACUCCCAGGUCCAGGGCACCAUUUCAAUGCUGCUCGCCGUCUACGCUGCGGCGUCGUGCCUGACGAGUCCGAUUGCAGGCGUGCUGGCGGACAAGUUCGCGAGGAGCAGACAGGUGCCGUUCACGGUUAGCUUGGUCAUGCUGGUCGUUGCGACGGUCAUCUUCGCGCUGGGGAGGAGUGUUGGCGUGUUGGUCGUUGCGCGGGUGUUGCAGGGUGCGAGCGCUGGUGUUGUCUGGACGCUCGGACUGGCCAUCAUCGUGGAGACGGUCGGACAGGAGAAUCUCGGGAAGACGAUGGGCACAAUCUUCAGUUUCAUUUCCGUGGCUGGCCUCUUCUCGCCCAUCUGCGGAGGCCUUCUGUACGCGAAGACGGGCUACACUGGUGUCUUCGGCGUGGGAAUCGGGCUCGUGGCCAUCGACUUCGUUCUGCGGAUCCUGAUGAUCGAGAAGAAGGUCAGAGAUGAGUACCUGCCCGACUCCAUCGAGACAGAGGAAAGCAAUGUCGCUUCUGGAGCAGACGACAGCGAGCAGACUCCUCUCCUGCCAAACUCGGACUCACCAGACACCGAUGCUCGCUACCGCCUCACACCACCCAGGAACCGCAUCACACGCACCCUCCCCAUCCUGCUGCUCUUACGUGACCCGGGCCUGCUCACCGCAAUCCUGAUUGGCUUCAUGCAAGCCGCGCUCCUCGGCUCCUUCGACGCUACCGUGCCCCUCGUCGCAGAGUCAGCCUUCGGGUUCAACAGCCUGAAAGCAGGGCUUCUCUUCCUCCCUCUGAGCGGCGCAGACUUCUUCCUCGGGCCCGCCUUCGGAUGGGCCGUCGAUCGGUACGGGGCACGGCUGUUCUCGGUGCUGGGCUUUGCCUGGCUGGUUCCGACGCUCGUGCUGCUCCGUCUACCGCACGAGACGUCGAUUGUGGAGGGUCUGGAUGACGGCCGUCGGAUUGCGCUCUACGCGUCUAUCCUCGCGCUCAACGGCGCCGGACUCGCGAUGAUAGGAAGCCCGAGCAUCGUCGAGGCCGCGCGGCUGGUGGAGAACUACUCCAAAGCGAACGAGCAAACCUUCAGCGAAGGAGCACCGUGGGCGCAAUUGUACGGGAUCAACAGCAUGGUCUUUAGCGGUGGCUUGGCUGUGGGACCGCUUGUUGCCGGGGCGCUGCGGGAGAAGAUCGGAUAUGGCAACAUGAACGCCGUGUUGGCUGGGGCGUGUGCAGUGACCGCGGUGCUGGCGGCCCUGUACAUUGGGAGGAAAGCGGAGAAGGGGAAGGACGGGGAUUGAGCAACGCGGGCUGCUCACCAAGCAGCAAGGGACCUGAAAUCGAGAUGCAUCGUGCUGGCAAGAGAGUGCACGUCAUGACACGAAUAACAAACGACAUCACCUCACGGUUUACAACUCUUCACGCGAGCUCAGGAUCUUAGAUGAGCUCUUUGGAGAGCUGGGUUUCCUCGAAGGGAACUGUUCAGAGAUGAGUCAUUGAGCAAAGAGCCGUCGAUGGACCAUCACUAGAUCAGAAGUGCAAUAGAAGCCGCUAAGGCAUGUUCUGAGUUGGGUCCGCAGUCAAAUAGCAUGGAGAAGAUUGGGAUGGAUGAGCAGCUUUGUAUGAUUGAACACGGACAAGCAAGCGCAGAGCACUGAACGAGGAACA